AUGUUUUCGAUGAAAGAGAAGGGAAAUUUCAAUUUGAGAGGGGAGCCAACACCCCUGUCGUUGGAUGGGCUACCUCGGGAACGGUGUGCCAGGCGGGUAAGUUUCAAACCCUUCACCAUCGAGCGCUGUUAUCGAGGGAGAAACCUCGCCUCCCACCCCCGAGUAGUGACAUCUCCAUUUCAAUCCCUCACUCUCCCUACCACCCGCCCGCAAUCCCACCGAAAAUGCCCGGACCAGAAAAUCCCAAACCCGCCACAGCUGCUGCUGCUACCGGAGCAGAUGCAUGUCCGGUACCUGACUCUGCCCGCUCAACAUGGCUGUGUCGACCGGGAGGUCUCCACGAUCCCGAGAGCGAACAUGGAGGGGUCGAAUUCGGAGCAUGAUCAACGGUACCGAGAUCCCAGGAGUGGGAAUUGGAUCUAUCCCUCGGAGGAGAUGUUCUUCAACGCUAUGAAGCGUAAGGACUGGGAUCCGAAGGCCGAGGAUAUGCGCACAAUUGUGCCGAUACAUAAUGCUGUUAAUGAGAGGGCGUGGAAGGAGAUUAAGGAAUGGGAGGCCGGUAGAGGUUCUGAGAAAUGUGGUGGCCCAAAGCUUGUUUCUUUCUCUGGGGACUCGCAGAAACUCACGCCGAAAGCCCGGUUCAUGGUCCUAUUAGGCUACCAAGCGCCUUUUGACCGCCACGACUGGGCCAUUGACCGCUGCGGGAAGAAGAUCGACUAUGUCAUUGAUUUCUACAGCGGGAAGCCUGACCCGAAACGGCCAGAAGCCUUGAGCUUUUACCUAGACGUUCGUCCGAAGCUAUCACCAGAAGGUGCAUGGAUGAGGAUACAACGGUGGACAGGGUCAUUCUUUUGAGGUGGUACUUGUGUCAUAAGAUAUAUAUCUUGUAUUAUAGUGGGAAUCUGUUCGAGCACGGUGCAUACUCCGCUUCCGGUCAUGGUGUGUCACUCGUUCCUUACAAUUUCGUGGUGUUGCUGGUCCGUUCGAGAUGGCACGCCGCAUGGUCUAUCAUACUCGUAAUUUCCGUUGGCCACCGGAGGUCAGACAAUACACAAUACACGCAAUAUUCUCCUUAUUAUUGUUGA